AUGGCCGACCUCGGGGAAAACGUAGACGCUGAGAAGGCCGCUCUAGGACUCCAAAAUCCUCUACCACCAUCAACAUCGUCGUCCGAGGAAACAGCUGCAUCUAAUCACCCAAAUAUCCAUCAUGAGGACGUUAUCACACCAGAAACCGAGCGAGAUGUUGCAGCACUCGCACGCAAGCUCACUACGUUGUCAACUUCACCUGCCGUCGUAGACAACCCAUUCAACUCAACCGAUCCUCGACUGCAACCAAAUUCAGAUGAGUUCAAUGUCAAAACAUGGGUGAAGACUCUCAUGCAGAUCAUAUCCCGGGAUCCGGAAUUGUACCCAAACAGAACUGCUGGUGUCUCAUUCCGGAAUGUGAGCGCUCAUGGAUUCGGUAGUCAACAGGACUACCAAAAGGAUGUAUCAAAUUUGUGGAUGGAAGCGAUAGAUGCUUUCAGAAACACUGUGGGUGGUGGUCGGCCUGGAGGGAAGAGAGGGGAGCGCAAGAUCCAGAUCUUAAGAAAUUUUGACGGCUUAGUGAAGAGCGGGGAAAUGUUGGUCGUGCUAGGGCGACCUGGAAGGUAUGAUACGAGAUGAACUCCUAAUUUGUGUUUUGGGGUAAAUGCUGAUUGAACGGGGUACUAGUGGAUGCACAACGUUCUUAAAGACAAUUGCAGGAGAAACACAUGGCUUUUAUCUGGACAGCGAGACUGAUAUCGAGUAUCAAGGCUAGUAACCUCUCCCAUGUGGAUACGGGGUACCUAAUCUAGUAUAGGUAUCUCCCAUGAGUUGAUGCAUCAUGACUUCCGCGGCGAAGUCAUCUAUAACGCAGAAACCGAUGUGCAUUUCCCCCACCUAACCGUAGGAGAAACGCUCUCCUUCGCAGCCCAAACACGUGCCCCACGAAACCGUUUCCCAGGUGUCACUCGCAAGCUGUAUGCUGAACACAUGUGCGACGUCGCUAUGGCCGUAUUCGGUAUCUCCCACACGGUCAACACCAAAGUUGGUAACGACCUCGUCCGAGGUGUCAGCGGUGGUGAGAGAAAGAGAGUUUCAAUUGCGGAAGCAGCAUUAAGUGGCAGUCCUUUGCAGUGCUGGGACAACAGUACCAGAGGACUGGACAGUGCCACCGCCCUGGAAUUCGUAAAAACUCUGAGAGUCCAAUCCGAGAUUUCUGGAGCAACAGUUUUGGUUUCUAUGUACCAGGCUUCACAGAGCGCUUAUGAUGUACAAUGCCUCUCCUUUAUUUCUCAACAUCGCAUAGCUAAUCAUCGAUCAGCGUUUCGACAAAGUUACUGUUCUCUAUGAGGGUCGACAGAUUUAUUUCGGCAGCACUGAGAAUGCUAAGAGGUUCUUCACAGAUAUGGGAUUCCACUGUCCUGAGCGUCAAACGACUGCCGAUUUCCUCACAUCACUCACAUCGCCUAGCGAGCGUCAAGCUAAGCCCGGGUUCGAAAACCGUGUCCCACGUACCCCUGAUGAAUUCGUUGAGGCGUGGAAGAAGAGCGAUGAGUAUCAGAAACUGCUCCAGGAUAUCGCAGCUUAUAAAGAGGAGUUUCCACUCCACGGGCCUCAGCUUGGUGCCUUCCAGAAGUCUCGUGCGGCUCAACAAGCCAAGCGGAUGUAUGUUUCUUCUUCACCUAUAAUCACUCGUUUGUUUACUAAUAGCUCGACGGCAGGAAUGUUCGAUCCCCCUACACUAUUUCGGUGCCCAUGCAGAUUAAGCUCUGCAUUGAGCGCGGUUUCCAGAGGCUCAGAGGAGACAUGACGAACUUUUUUUCUACGGUUUUGGGUAAUUUCGCCCUCGCACUAAUUCUCGGCAGUGUUUUCUACAACCUUAAAGAAGACACAUCUUCCUUUUAUAGUAGGGGUGCAUUGCUUUUCUUUGGGAUCCUAAUGAACGCUUUCAGCAGUGCCCUAGAGGUGAGUAUCUUAUUCUCAUCGGGGUUACAUUCUCCCACUCAUAAGAACAGAUUUUUACUCUUUACGCCCAACGUCCUAUUGUCGAAAAACACUCUCAAUAUGCACUCUAUCAUCCCUUCUCCGAGGCCAUCGCAUCUAUGAUUUGCGACCUUCCUUCAAAGAUGCUUACGUGUAUUUCCUUUAAUUUGACGCUUUACUUCAUGACCAAUCUCCGCCGGGAAGUUGAUGCCUUCUUCGUUUUCCUUCUGUUCUCUUUUGUCUGCACACUCGCGAUGUCCAUGAUGUUCCGUACGAUUGCCGCUGUUUCCAGGACCAUUUACCAGGCACUUGCGCCUGCAUCUUUAUUGAUUCUCAUGCUUGUCAUCUACACCGGUUUCGCUAUCCCAUUGAGAAACAUGGCCGGAUUCAUGCGCUGGCUUAACUAUAUAGAUCCUAUCGGAUACGCAUUCGAGAGUCUGAUGAUCAACGAGUUUCACGGCAGAGAACUUCCGUGUGUGGGCUUCAUCCCUGAAGGGCCUGGAUACGAGGACGCUUCUGGUCUUGAAAGAUCUUGCAUAACUGCCGGUGCUGUUCCAGGAAGGGCUACGGUCAAUGGUGACUCAUAUAUCAAUACAGCUUUCGAGUAUUACCACUCCCACCUCUGGCGCAAUCUUGGCAUCAUGCUUGCCAUCAUGCUGUUCUUCCUCACCACCUACUUAAUUGCCACAGAGAGGAUAUCUAGCGCACGCUCAAAGGGUGAAGUCCUUGUCUUCCCCCGUAAGCAGCUCAAGAAAGCGGCUGCUCAUGGGGAUAGCGAGGCCGGUGCGAUCGGUGGUGUUGUUGCUGAAAGUGAAGCUUCCGGGGUUCCCGCGGCGAUUCACCAACAGACUGAUAUCUUCCACUGGAAGGAUGUUUGUUACGACAUUACGAUCAAGGGUGAAGGCAGAAGGAUCCUGGAUCACGUUGAUGGAUGGGUCAAGCCCGGAACCCUUACUGCGCUCAUGGGUGUCUCUGGAGCUGGUAAAACCACUCUCUUGGAUGUCUUGGCUAAUCGAGUGACCAUGGGUGUUGUGGCCGGCGAUAUGUUUGUCAAUGGCCGUCUACGUGAUUCAUCAUUCCAAAGAAAAACCGGUUACGUCCAACAGCAGGAUCUCCAUUUGGAAACAUCUACGGUCCGCGAGGCACUCACUUUCAGCGCUCUUCUCCGCCAACCCAAAAAGUAUAGUGAGCAGGAAAAGCUGAAUUAUGUCGAUGAAGUUAUCAAGCUACUAGAAAUGGAAGAAUAUGCUGAGGCAGUCGUUGGUGUUCCUGGCGAAGGUCUUAACGUCGAACAGCGCAAGCGUCUUACCAUUGGUGUCGAACUUGCCGCAAAGCCAGAACUCCUCCUUUUCCUGGACGAGCCCACUUCCGGGCUUGACAGUCAGACUGCCUGGUCCAUCUGCACCCUUAUACGAAAACUUGCAAACAACGGGCAGGCCAUCCUCUGUACCAUCCAUCAACCCUCGGCCCUUCUCAUGCAGAACUUUGACCGCCUCUUGUUUCUUGCCAGGGGUGGCAAGACUGUGUACUUUGGCCCCAUCGGCGAGAACUCGGAAAUUUUGACGGGCUACUUUGAGAAGAAUGGAUCCCACAAAUGCCCUCCAGGGGGUAACCCUGCUGAAUGGAUGUUGGAAGUCAUCGGUGCUGCACCCGGUGCCGUAGCUGCCAAAGACUGGGUAGAAGUAUGGAAUAAUAGCGCUGAGAAGGGCGAGAUCCGCGAAGAGCUCGAUCGGAUGGAACAUGACUUAGGUGCUUUGAGCAGAGUCGAGGGAGCUGGUAUCGAGGAAUUCGCCAUGCCCUUCUCCACCCAAUUGAGGAUAUGUCUUUUGAGAAUUUUCCAGCAGUACUGGAGAACACCCGUGUACAUUUACUCCAAGUGCUUCCUGUGCAUAUCCACGGUAAGCCCCGUCUCAUCCCCUAACUCAACCAUGCAUUCGCUAACAUUUCUCAGGCCGCCUUCAUCGGCCUCUCCUUCCUCAACGCCGACGACUCGAUCCAAGGUCUCCAGAACCAAAUGUUCUCAAUAUUCAUGUUAAUGACUCUCUUCGGCACUCUAGUCCAGCAGAUAAUGCCGAACUUCGUGACCCAGCGCUCUCUCUAUGAAGCCCGCGAACGCCCGUCAAAAGCCUACUCCUGGAAAGCCUUCCUGAUCUCAAACAUCAUCGUCGAGCUCCCCUGGCAAACCCUCAUGGCGCUUCUCACCUUCCUACUGUGGUACUACCCGAUAGGAAUGCACAACAACGCCAAGCUCGCCGGCCAACUCCACGAGCGCGGCUUCCUGAUGUUCCUGCUGAUCUGGGCCUUCUACAUGUUCGCUUCAACAUUCGCGCACAUGGUGAUCGCGGGCACUGAAACGGCCGAAGUAGGCAGCAACCUUUCCAACUUGCUCUUCUUACUCUGCCUCGUAUUCUGCGGCGUGCUGGCGUCGAAAGACGCCCUCCCCGGAUUUUGGGUAUUCAUGUACUAUAUAUCGCCAUUCACAUACCUCAUCUCGGCGAUGUUGUCGGUCGGCGUGGCCAACGCUCCGGUCGCCUGCUCAUCCAUUGAAAUCGUGAAGGUAGUCCCUCCGAAUGGGUCCACCUGCGGAAAGUACCUAUCCCGGUUCAUUAACUCCGCCGGAGGCGUCCUGCAUAACCCGGAGUCCACGGGUGAGUGCCGCUACUGCCCGAUCACGAGCGCGGACUCGUUCCUGGAGCGGAUUGAUGCCGAUUACGCUGAUCGCUGGAGGAAUUUCGGUCUAAUGCUUGUUUAUAUUGCCUUUAACCUUGCCGGCGCGGUGUUCAUUUAUUGGCUCAGUAGAGUGCCAAAAAAGGGGAAAAAACUGUAGAUCUCUUUUCCCCUCUAGAUUUUUACUUAUUCUUCGCUUGAAAUACUUUUUUUUUUUCCACCUCCGGGUUUUUGACGCGGUUGUUGUUUAUAUAUACCUCAUACAUAGUCUGUCUUUUAUUUUAUUUUUCUCCCCCUCCCCGGGUUUCUAAGUAUUAAUUACUUUACAUGUACGGUAUUGGGGGCGACACAGUAUAUAAAAGGACAUUUUGUGUUUCUAUUUCCCUUACUAUUGCCUCUCGCCUGGCGAGGGUAUUACACCGCAUUCUUCUUCUGUGGAAAUAAUUAUAAUAUUACUACCUAAGAGUGUGAA